GCUUCGCCGCCGCCGCCGCCCCUAGGCUCCGCAGUGCCCCUGCGAGCGCCGCAGCCGCUCUUAUAGUACGCCUUGUGUCCGCCCCUCGGCGGGCCGCCCGGGGACAUUGGGACCGCGGCCAGCCCCGGCCAUUAAUAGAGCCUUAUUUAGAAAGCCCAACAAUGACUUGGCCAUUUAUUGAGCGCCUGCUGGAUGCCAGAGAGGCGAUCCCCCCCCCGUGUCCCGAAGGGGAAACUAAGGCCGAGGAGGCGGAGCCUUGCCAAGUGGGUAGGACAGCGCGGUAUUUGGGACCCAAGGGCCCGAAAAACCCCACCGCAGAGUUCGCAGUCCCUUUAAUCCACCCCCGCCCCGCAGGCAGCUCUGGGGAUGACGCAGAUGGCGGUCUUAGGAGCAGAUUCUUGGGUACAGGGAAUGUGGUAGCCCGCCAGGUUGUCAGGAGGACACAGAACAGACCCUACUCCCAUCUCUGCAGGGCCCUGGGCCCAGCCCCCCGCAAGCCGGGCCUAAUUCUGGGCCUCUGACUCAGUCUCGGGUGCGCAGGGAAGCGGGGGCUGCCAGGUGAGCAGCGGCCAGAGGGCGCGGGCACGAACAGUCCAGGCUGGCCCCCCAGGGGCCGCGCGCCGGGCCCGAAAUAGCUCAUUUUGAUCCCACCACCUCGGCGAGGAGCCCAGGCCUGGCACUUCGCGCAACCAGCUGCUCCUGCAGCAGGACGGAAGUGGCUAAUGACUCCGCGGGGCCGGCCGGCUGGUCGGACGGAGGGAGGGGGCGGCGGCUGCAGAGGGCACAGGCCCCCUGACUGCCCUGCGACGCGAAAACCGGUGCUUAGGUUGGAGACGGGACAGGAGCUCUACUGCAAAAGGGGGAGUGGCCGUAAGACGCUGCUAGAAAGCGCGAGUACUUUAUAGACCCUCCCAGACGCCAGCUCACCCUCAGAGCCUUCCCGUUGGUCCGCAGGCUUGCCAAUUGCUGCCGCGCGCCACGGGCCUCCAAUCAAACACGCUCUCUCAGUCGGGCCGAAGUUACAGCCCGUCGUGCGGCGUCUCCCUCUGGCCACUUUCCAGUUGCUUCUGUCUCCCUCUCCAUCAUUGGCCGCCUCGGAGGCCGCUGUCUUCCCGCGCGGGCGCCCGCCGAGAGGGGCGGGCCUGGCAGGGCAUUGCUAAGCGACCGAGAUGCGCGCGGGUUCAGCCCAGUGAAGGAGCGGAGCUGGCGGAAGCGCCCAGGUGGCUGCGGGAUGGACCGCAGUCUGCCAGUUUUCUCCAUCCAAGACAGCCCCUUUGAGGAUGCUCCCCUGGAUCACAGCCGCUACUUGCCAUCCCGGACCCAGACUUGGCACCCCAAGACCCUAAGCCCAUCCAGGUCCCAGAGGUCCAGGCCCCCAGAAGCUCCCAAGGCUCUGGCCACAGGUCCCAACACCUCUGAGCUAUUUGGAGAAUCCUGGCCGUCCAGCUCAGGGACUCCUUCCCCACCCAGCACCACUGAAGGACAGGUGGGAGCCUCCCCACCACCCACCCUGGUUGACAGCGGGGAGUCCGUGGUGGCCAAGUACAUAAACCGGUUUCGCCAGGCUCAGCCUACAAGCCGAGAGGAACGCCAGCCUGCAGGCCCAACCGCAGCUGACUUUUGGUGGCUCCGGCCUGAAUCUCCAGACCCCAGCAGUCAGCUUGCAGCAGGUACCUGCUACGGUCCCAUCCACUGUAGGCCUAAACCUCUCCUGAUCAAUGCCCCCAGCAGAGGUUCCUCGUGGCCCCCCUCCAAAAUCAACUGGGGCUUCUCGGCAGGAGCCAGUGAACCAGAAGGAAGACCCAACACAGCAGUCCCAACUCUUGCCAAGGUGGUCAGCGCCUCUCGGGCUAAGGCUGUGGCCCCCCUUCAGGAAAUGAAGCAGAGCCUCAACACAUGGAACUCAUCCCUGCUGGACCUGGAGACACUGAGCCUGCAGAGCAGAGCUGCCAGGCUGCUCAAGCGCAGCAAGGCCUCCAUCUCCUCUUCCUCCUCACUCAGCCCUAGUGAUGCCAGCACCUCCUCCUUCCCAGUCAGCUCUGAUGGCCUCUCUCCCUUCUCCAUGACCUUCACCCCUGACCCCAGCAAGGGCUCUGACCCCAAGGCACAGGGCAGAAACGAGGGCCAUGCAGGAGAGGAUCAUGAUGCUGGGAAGUCAGAGAAGACCUUCUUGGAAGAGGUGCUGUCUAAGUGGAGACUUGACGAUGAAGCAACACCAGCACCUGCCCGCAUCCCUGCUUCGGGCCCCCUCUCCUCUCAGGCACCCCUGCGUCCAGAGGAUGACAUUCUAUACCAGUGGCGGCAGCGGAGGAAGCUUGAACGGGCUCGAGGAGGGCAGGGUGAUGGAACCUGGGUGCUACCCCGGACUCCUGCCCCCACCACUCCAGUCCCCGCCCCCGUUUCUCUACAGGCUCCUCCUGCCCCUGCAGAGACCCCUGGUUCCUUGGGAACCCAGCCUAACUGCAUCCCACUUUGGGCCAGUGUGGCCCGACCUGGUCCCCUGGAGGCCUUUUAUAUGGAGAGGCCUCCUAUCCCCCCUGGGUUCUCUCCACAUAUCUUUUGGGGUCCCAGCCCUCAGGGGUUCUUCUGGGCUCCGCAGUCUGGUCUCUGGGUACCUCUUGGGGCCAUGCCUCCCACGCCCUCCAGCCCUGCGCCUCCGGGCCCCGCCCCCGUGGCCCCCGCUCCCGUGCCCCCGGCCCCAGCACCUGCAGCCUGCACCCUCCCACCCCCAGCCGCCCCCCAGGACCCGCCCACUCCUGCGCCCAGCUGCCCGGCCCAGCCCCAGAGGCAGGGCCCCAAGCCUCGGAGUAGCAGGGCCCCGCGCCAGGAGUCCGCUGGGACGGUCACGGCCGCUGACGAGGGGCCUGGCCCGCAGCUCAGAGGCGCCCUGGGCCAAAUAGUGUCCGCUCGGCUCUUCCCGGACGCCUUGGAGGACACGCCCCCUCACCCCGGGGGCCCACCUCUGCCCCAGGCCGAACCUCUGAAAGUCAAGGCCACACACCCCCAAACCAAGGUUACGCCACCUGGCUCAGAGGUCACGCCCCCUCAGUCUGGAUCGCGAUUUCCCAAGGCGCAGACUCCGCCUCGUCGCUCCAAAGCCGAGGCUCGGAAAGCCAAGGCCACGCUCCCCCUAGAGGCGUGGGAGCCUCGGAAGGACGGAGACACCCCCGUGGCCGCCCCUGGGAAUCUGCCGCCCCAGGCCCCGCCCCCUCCAGCCGAGGAGGCGGCUGCUUCUCUCGAGGCCCCGCCCACUUCCUUCGGGGCGGGGCCUCCCGGGGCGGUGGCCACGCCCCCGCCCGCUGCGGGUCCCGCCCCCUCCGCAGAUCUGCUCGGCCUGGCGGCCCGACUUCUGGAGGCUGCAGAAGAGUCCGACGGCAGCGAGUUCCAGGACGACCCUGUACUUCAGCUGCUAAGAGUUCAGAGGGCCGAGCUGAGAUGGCAGAAAAGGUGGCCAUCCCCAGGAUCUGCAACACCCCUUUCCCAGAGCCACCCACCACCCCAGACCCGUCCUGAGCCUCUACGACCCUGGCUUUUUUGCAGGAAAGUGGACGCGCAACUGUCCCUCCUACUGGAGCACACUGAGGACCCAGGGACUUGGUCUCCUCCCACCGGGUCGCCCCCCAGGUCCCCAGGAAGGCGGCUGCGGAGGGAAGGAGCUCCUCCCGAGACCAGACGACGUUGACUUGUAAAAAUUGUAUUUUUCCCAAUAAAAUAUUUUUUUCACGUUA